GCAUACGAUGGCAUAGAAUGGCCGUCUCUCGGAUCUAAGGACGGAUUCUUCUUAGGCCUCUCUAUAGUUGAUUUUGUGUUUAUUACUUUAGAAUUUAUUACAUUAUCAUUUGGUUUUCCUAUUAUGAAAAAUAGCUGGUUCUGUGGAAUGAAGGAACCUGUUAUCUACAGUUAUGAAGAAGGCUCAGAUGAAAAGCACUCCAGGAUAGAAGUUCCAUGGCAUUGUUCAUCAAAUUAUUCUAUGGCAACAUUGUUGUAAUUGAAUUUUAAAAUCAAUAAGCUCCAGUUUAUUUGAGAUUUACACCAAUGGACUAUGUGAGCCAAAAAAAAAAUUGGCAAGAAAUAUAUUCCUAAGAGCUGUUUAUCAAAAGUUGUUUAAAACCUGACAUUUGAAAUUGAAGAAGAUUAUAUAUAUCAAAUGGCACAGCUGAAGUUGCCUACAAUAUCAGCUAGCUGACAUUUUAACUUACAACAUAUUAUUGACUUGAAAUUUGAAGCUACAAACAUAUUUUGGCUUUUAUAAAUAAUGUGAGUCUUUCUGUGUUCUCCUUGAUUCAAGGUCAUUAUGGAUAAUGUACUGAAUUUCCAUGGAAAGAUGCUGUGGAUUGCUAUAAUUGUGUUGGUGGUCAAAUCCCAGGGUGUGACGGGAACAUCGGGAACAUGUCCUCAGGGUCAGCUGGCUCACAUGGACAGGAACCUUGUCUUGACUUGCUGCUUCCCCACACGCUGUGGCAUUGGUAUGGAAGUGAUGGUAUGUACCAUCAAUGGUACCCAGGAUACCUGCCAAGUAUGCUCAGCUCGUUACAACCAGUCGCUGCGAACAUCAUCAUACACUAUGGAGAGAUGCAAGAGCUGGCCCUUAGAUGACAAAUGUAGUAAUGGCAAAAGAGAUAGUCCAAUUGAUGAGGACAUGAAACGAUGUAUGUGUAACCUUGAACUUGGACUGAAAUAUGAAAGACCAGAAAUUCCUGACCCAUCUGUCCAGUCUGAUUCCAACUGUCAGAGAAUUCCCUACCCCUGUAAAGUGGGGGAAGAACCAACAGUUGAAGGUUCCUGCCAACCUUGCCAAGAAAAUUAUUUUAAAUCUGAAGAAAAUUACAACCUUUGUGAGCCAUUAACAAACUGUACAAUGCUGGGACUGAGCUACAUCUCUCAUGGAACUCGUGAGGCAGACAGUUUAUGUAGCAAGCCAGUGUUGGUCACCACAACCAUCAAACCUGUAGUACCAGAUCCUCCCACUACUACGGCCAGCACACAGAAAACACAGGUGACAAGCACCACCAUCAUAAGUACUCCCACAGUGUUGACCCCAACCUAUGCCCCGUCAAAGAAACAUGAAGCUGUAGAAGAUGCCAGUUUGUUGGGACCCGUCAUAGGAUCUGUUGCUUUUGUAUUGGUGGUCAUCCUGGUGAUUCUUAUCAUUUUGUUGUACAAAAGACGUAGGGGUACGUUAUGUGAUUGCUCUAAAAAUUGUGCAGAUUCUGAGAUUGGGCUCCACACUAUGCCAGGGGACAUGCGAGCUAAAAAUGUGUGCGCCAAUGUCCAGCAGUUUAUAAUUGCUGGGGGUGACAAGGCCAACAACAACAUAACAGGAGAGUACCACCAGUCCCCACCUGGCACCGUCUGGCACCCCCCAAGUAACGAUAGUCAAUUCCAUUUUCCUGACAGGAAAGGAAUUUUAAGAAAUGCUGUGAUUGGUCAGACUAAAGCUUCUAGUUCUGACCAGGAAAGUAUUGGCCCUGAAAAGUUGCUGGUUGAGAGGUCUGAGCCCAACCCUGACCUGGGGGAGAACGAUCCCCUCCUAGUCCCUGAGACUCCACAGCGAAGUGUAGCCUUUCAAAAUCUGGCAGCCAGUAACUCCCCACCUGGCCAGCCAAUGAGAGCACCCCUCUUCAUACCAUCUACAUCAUUUGUUAAAAAUGUUCCUGCCUCACCUCCACUUGAUGCUCUUUGCCUGCAACAUCCAAUGAAUGGCUGUCCCCCAGCUUUGGCUAUGUUUACACGCAGUACCUCCGUCAUUGCUAGUCCAGAAGGUGAAGUGGAUGAUGAGGCCAUUGAAGCUCGGGUGCCAAGGUUCAGCCAACUUCUGCCUGAUAAUGACACCCCACUGAACACUUCUAACCCAGUGGGCCGUCAAUUAGGUCAACGUGAAUUGUUGCGCUCAGACUCCCCAGGUCAAACAACCCAACAGAUCAGAGCUCCCUCUGAACGGGUCAACCAGCAGCGUGCCCACAGGCCAGGCAGGGUUGGCUUUAGCCCCCAACCCAGCUCCCAAGAGAGCAACCUUGACCAUCGUAUCAUGAACCUGAAGGAACAAGAACUGGCAGAGUCAUUGCACUCAGCCUGUGAGAACUCCUCCAUCAGCUUGAACUUGCAUGCUGCUAAUGACUCUGAUGAGCAGACUCUGAACACACAGCAGACCCAGCUCAAGAGUCAGCUCAGGCCUGACUAUGGGGCCAGGGCUGAGCUGCUGAUGCUGCCAACAGCUGUCAUCUCAGAGCUGUCAGCUGAUGCUGACCACAUUGGGGGUGAGCGCAGGCGGCCGCCCACUGGGGGAGUGGAGAGGAAACUGAUGCCUGCUGGUCAUGAACUGCACAAAUCUUACAGUAAGCCUUCUUCAGAAGAAGCAGCAAGAAAUGUGCGCUAUAACAGGACAGUUUCUUUUGAAGAAGAGGAAAAUGCUCAAGAGAUAGUUUUCAAACAGGGAGGGGACAUGGAGCAUUCAGCCUGUGACAAAGUGCAGGUGGAUCCAGACCAGAAAGCUGAGGAGGGAAACUGUAGGGAUGACGAAGAGACUGAAAGAAAGUCUGUGACUUUAGAGUUGAAAAACUCUUCCACUGGCUCCAGUAAAACAUCGGUCAACAGUGAUAUCACUGACACAAACCAGGGUAGUCCCUCUAGGGCUGCUUUCUACAGACGUAGCCAAAGUGAAAAUGCACCCAGCAGUACAGAUUCAAUUCACAAACCUCCUCCACGCUCAAUGUCAGAAGAGAAACCACAGAAAACAGAUCGCCCUGUUGCCAAAGUCAAGCCAAUGCCAGCCAGUGAUAACACAAUCAACCUGUUGCCAGCAGAAGGUCUACAGAUUCCUGCCACUGCUCUAGACGAUGAAGACAGCGAUGAUGGAGUAAAUAAUGAGCCAGUAGUUGAUGAUUCUGAUGAAGACAGUGAGGAAUCCGAUGUUUCAAGUCAAGAAGAAAAUGAGUGAUAUUUGAUGUUUCUAGCCAAGAAGAAAAUAUUGAAAUCUAAUGGUGUAUACACAUUAGCUGUCAAAUUUCUAGUAAUGCUUUGACAGAGCCCCUGAAAGAUGGCAUAUAGAUUGUAACAUAUCCAUAGCUUGAUUUGUUUAGCCUUAUAUCAUAUAGAAUUAACAUUGUUUUUAUUGCUCCUUUAAGUCAUGACAUACAACAUGUGACAUGACACACAUGUGACUUGACAGACAACAUGUUGACGUGUCAAAUUGACAGUCUCAGGUUGUGUGAGCAGUUAUAGGGCACUCAGCUACAUCGGUCUUGGUUUGUGUUCAACUUACAAAACUCUGCUCCUGAUUAAAGACUAUUUGUGUGUAGACAGUUUGAGAAUUGUUGCUGUAAAUCUUUGGCUAGUGUAAAGCUGCCACAUCUAGAUGUGCCAUUACUUUUUAAGAGAAGGCAUACACCAUUUGUAUAUGGUAAUUUUUUUUUUAAACUGGACUUGUUCAUUCAUACAGUGUUUUUAUAGCAGUCAUUUACAUUAUGUAUCUUAUACUUUAAAAACAUUUUUUACAAGUUUACAUCAUUCUGUGUCAAGAAUUCAUGUGUUAAAACUGUAUAGUUAUUUUAUAAUGUCCAAUUAUGAUGCACAAAGCAUCAAAAAAUGACUUGAUGAAUUUACAGCAAUAUUUAUAAUUGUUAAGUGCUUGUUGUGCUUUGAGCUUCUUCAAGACUUGUGGUCCCCAACACCUAGACUUGUGGUCCCCAACACCUAGACUUGUGGUCCCCAACACCUAGACUUGUGGUCCCCAACACCUAGACUUGUGGUCCCCAACACCUAGACUUGUGGUCCCCAACACCUAGACUUGUGGUCCACAACACCUAGACUUGUGGUCCCCAACACCGUGUGGUCCUUAUAACUGUCUCCUCACUAUGGCCAGAAUACACUUGUGUUAUAUCAGAAACUAACCAGCUACAUAGUAAAAAGUUGCAACUCAAAGACAAAGGUUAAGAUGAGCCAAAUAUUAUUAAACUUACUUCACUAUAUUGUCAAACUAAAAAAUAUAUAGUUUAAAUAUCAUUGUUUUUAAAUCUUUGUCCAACCAUUAAAUGCUGAAAGUUGGACCACAAUAAUUUGCUAAAAUGAUGAUUUGUCUAGUGUAUAUAUCAAACAUCUGUUAACUCAAAGCAAUGUGACUGAAAUAGCGUGGGUGUAUGUAGUUAUUUUGUGUAACUUACUAGCAAAUCGUGCAUGUGUGGGGUAGCUACUGCUGAGGUAUUACAUGUUAGACAACUUUUGGUGCUUUAUCUUGCUUGUCCCAUCUGUCAAGUUUUGGACUGGCUCUCACAAUCCUGGAACACCUGAUGUCAUUUGAUGGAAUACCUGAUGUCAUUUGAUGGAAUGCCUGAUGUCAUUUGAUGGAACACCUGAUGUCAUUUGAUGGAAUACCUGAUGUCAUUUGAUGGAAUGCCUGAUGUCAUUUGAUGGAACACCUGAUGUCAUUUGAUGGAAUACCUGAUGUCAUUUGAUGGAACACCUGAUGUCAUUUGAUGGAAUACCUGAUGUCAUUUGAUGGAAUACCUGAUGUCAUUUGAUGGAAUACCUGAUGUCAUUUGAUGGAAUAC